GCAAGCGCCGUCUAAACGCGGUUAUAAAAGCGAGCUCUGCGUAUGCGCACAGUCAUUCGUCAUUUUAAAGUUAUUUACUAGUGGCACUUUACAUCGAAAAGGAUUCUCUGAGCAAAAUGGGUAAAGGCCGUAAAGAGAGGAAGGAUGCAGUUGAAGCAGGCACCACAGUGGCGGGGGCCGCUUACGGAGGCUCUAAAGGUUCGGCAGGCGCAACCGCCGGGGCGACGUACGGGGCGUACCUCGGGUGCUGCGGGGGCCCGCCGGGCGCCGUGUGCGGCGCCGUCGUCGGCGGGGUCGCCGGCGGCAUCGUCGGGGGCGUCAGCGGCUACCUCGCCGGGAAGGUGGCCAACGAAGUCAUCGAUGAAAUCGAGAAGAUUUAAAACACUAUUCUAUACCCCCUUAUAACGUACACUAAAGUUAUCAAGCCGAUAAAGUUCGUUUGUCCCUUUCCGAUGUAUUGGUGUGAUAGAAAGGGACAAACGAACUUUAUCGGCUUGAUAACUUUAGUGUACGUUUAUGAAUAAGGGGCUAAGUCUGUAAAGUCUGAUCAAAA